AGUUUCUGCCAAUCCCAACAUGGCGGACCGGAACACGUGUUGUGUACGGAAGUGCGUGUGCGGCUUCCGGUCUUCAGAUUACAGAGCGACAACAUGGACGGAACUGAGCCCAGGAAGCUUCCACGAGUGCCAGAAAAUCUUUUGAAGAAACGGAAGAAGUAUCAAGGACUAAAAGCAGCAGAAGCCAAGAGAGCUUUAGAAGAGAAGAGGAAGCUUCAGCCCGGAAAGCAAAUCAAAUUUAAAAGACUAGAGACCUUUGUCCGGAACUCUAGAAGAAAAAUGAGAGAUGACUGUAGGUUGCGGAGGAUGGAGGUGUACCGGAAGAAAGUUCCCAGCUUGGAGAAACACAAACUUGCAUUUGUUGUCCGAAUUACAGACAUUGAAGGAGUUAGCCAGCAAGUGAUGCAAAUUUUGAAGACUUUCCGCUUGGGCAAAAUUUUCUCAGGGUCGUUUGUAAAGAUAACUGCAGAAACCUUGAAGAUGCUACAGUUCAUUGAGCCGUAUGUUGCAUGGGGUUUCCCGAAUCUAAAGUCUGUGCGUGAGCUCAUCUUGAAACGUGGACAGGGUAGAAUAAAUGGCAAAAAAGUUCCUCUUACAGACAAUAAUAUGAUUGAAGAAGAGCUAGGAAAGUUUGAAAUUAUCUGUUUGGAAGAUGUGAUUCAUGAACUGUACUCUACAGGAGAACACUUUAUGGAAGUCAAUAAGUUCUUAUGCCCCUUCGUCCUGUCAAUUGCUAGGCAUGCAGGCAUUAACAGGAAGGGCUAUCUGUCUGAGGUGGGGGAUCCUGGACAUAGAGGAGAUUCCAUUAAUGAUCUGAUUCGGAAGCUUAAUUAAAACAAAGGCUUAUGUUCUGACUGGUGGAAUACUGGCGGCUUUUUAGAAGAACAGCACAGCAUAUGGACAAUUGUUGCCUUUUUUAAUAACGUGAUUUCGAAACUAAAUACAGCUUGACACUAGUUGGCCAACUUUUGGCAUGGAGUGACACCUGUCAAAACUGGACUAUACCAUUCAACUAAGGAUCACGGAGACAUGGAUCAGAAAUGGACACUGGAAGCUAUUUCCAUUAUUUCUCUGUAAAUACUUUUUACAUAAAAUAAAAUGUAUGGUUAAUGUUAAAGAA